UAGGCAGAGAUAAGAAGACAGUUCACCCAACAUAAAUGUUUAUAAAUUGUUGGUAGGUUACUCACCAAAACCAUAACCAUUUGGCAACACUCAUUUUUCCUCCUUAGUGUAUAUAUAAUUUUCUGAUACUACUAUAUAGUAGAUGAGCUAGCACCUUGUUUUGUAAAAAAAAAAAGAAGCCCUAUUUACUGAAAAAGGUAGCGCGUUUGUGUGAGUUGUGACCCAAAAACACUUUUGCUCCAGUGUAUGGUGUUUUUUUUUCUCUGGCUAGCUCUCUUCCCUUUUCCUCUCCAAGUUCCUCAACUACCCUCAUUUAUUUCCCUUCAUUGAUUGCCUGCCUCACUUGAACACCCUGUUGCAAUCCCUCUAAGAGAGAGAAAGAGUAUGUGUGAGAACAUGGAGAAGAAGCUCUAGUGUUGUGUGUGUGUGGUUUCUUCUUCAAGAGUGAGAGAGAGAGGGACAGGUGGGUGUCUUCACCUUUAAAGGCCUCAACUAACUUCUCAGAGAGCAUUUAUAUUGGUGCAUCUGAUGAGAGAGAAAAGGGUGGUGCAUUGUCAAGAAACCAGUCUGGCCACAAUAAAUCUUCACUAAACAACUUCACCUAUAAAUCUCUCUUCACCAUUACACACUUACCCUCAUUGUACUACUACUACACUCACUCAUUCACCUUUACAUAAACAAACACAACCUUCUUCACUUUCCUUCACUUCUCCAUUUUCCUCUCUUUCAAUCACCCCAUAUUCAAAAAUGCUCCUCAUUGUUCACACCCAUUCUUGAAAGGUACCUGUUUUUCCAACCACCCCAUUUCUUAAAAAAACUAUUUUUCCUUCAAGUUUCUUCAUCAUUUCUUGUAGUUUUGAGUCUUUGGUUAUUGGGGUGGUUGCACUUGCACUAUGGAAACUUGCACGGCUCUGUUGUUUUUAACGGCCAUCACAGCAUACUUGAUAUGGUUCACGUUCAUCUCACGGUCGCUGAAGGGUCCACGUGUCUGGGCCUUAUUGGGCAGUCUCCCGGGCCUCAUUGACAACUGUGACCGCAUGCAUGACUGGAUCUGCGACAACCUACGCGCGUGUGGCGGCACGUACCAGACAUGCAUCUGUGCAAUCCCCUUCCUCGCCAAGAAGCAGGGUCUCGUGACUGUCACGUGCGACCCGAGGAACUUAGAGCACAUACUCAAGACACGCUUCGACAAUUACCCUAAAGGCCCCACGUGGCAUGCUGUCUUUCAUGAUCUGUUGGGUGAUGGGAUCUUUAACACCGACGGUGACACGUGGCUGUUCCAGCGCAAGACAGCUGCGCUGGAAUUCACUACCCGAACGCUGCGCCAAGCCAUGGCUCGGUGGGUGAGCCGAGCUAUCAACCGGCUCUGCUUGAUUCUUAAGAAAGCUAAAGAUCAAGCAGAGCCGGUUGAUCUUCAAGAUUUGAUGCUUCGGCUCACUUUUGAUAACAUUUGUGGUCUCGCUUUUGGGCGAGACCCACAAACUUGUGUGUUGGGUCUGUCAGAUAACCGAUUUGCCACGGCUUUUGACCGAGCCACCGAAGCCACGUUACAACGGUUCAUUUUGCCUGAGGUGUUGUGGAAGGUUAAGAAAUGGCUUCGGCUUGGACUGGAAGUGAGCUUGAGCCGAAGCCUUGUCCAUGUGGAGGACCAUUUGUCAAAUGUUAUUGAGAAACGCAAGGUGGAGUUGUUGAGUCAACAAAAAGAUGGUACUCUUCAUGAUGACUUGUUGACUAGGUUUAUGAAGAAAAAGGAAUCCUACACGGACAAGUUUCUCCAACAUGUGGCGUUGAAUUUUAUCCUAGCUGGACGUGACACUUCAUCGGUGGCAUUGAGUUGGUUUUUUUGGUUGGUGAUUCAGAAUCCUAAGGUGGAAGAGAAAAUUCUACGUGAAAUUUGUACAAUCCUAAUGGAGACACGUGGUGAUGAUAUGGCAAAGUGGUUGGAUGAACCAUUGGACUUUGAGGAAGUUGACCGUUUGGUUUAUCUCAAGGCUGCAUUGUCGGAGACACUAAGGUUGUACCCUUCAGUGCCGGAGGAUUCAAAGCAUGUGGUGGCCGACGACGUGCUGCCGGACGGAACAUUCGUGCCGGCGGGUUCAUCGGUGACAUAUUCGAUAUAUUCGGCGGGGAGGUUGAAGUCCACGUGGGGUGAGGAUUGCAUGGAGUUUCGCCCUGAGAGGUGGUUGUCAUUGGAUGGAACAAAGUUCAUCAUGCAUGAUUCUUUCAAGUUUGUGGCAUUCAAUGCUGGUCCAAGGAUAUGUUUGGGGAAGGAUUUGGCUUACCUGCAGAUGAAGUCAAUUGCUGCGGCGGUGCUGCUCCGGCACCGCCUUGUGCUGGUGCCCGGCCACCAGGUAGAGCAAAAGAUGUCACUCACUCUGUUCAUGAAAAAUGGGCUCAAGGUCAAUGUGCAUGAGAGGGAUUUGAGAGGGGUUAUCACAAGUAUUAAAAAGGAAAGGGAGGAAGAUGUUGAUUUGAGAAGUAACGAAAGUUAGUGUGGUGUUCAAUAGAUGAAGCAGAGGGUGUUGGAGGUUUUUGAAUGUGGAGACAGGUUCAAAUGAGAAAAAUUCAGACCCUGGGGCUUUAGCUUAUAGAACAAGAGAACAUAAUUUCCUUUUAAGAAAAGGGUAUAUUCAGAGUAUUUAUAAUUCUUAUGAUAAAUUGUGGAUGGAUUCUUUUUCCAGGGUCAUGGGAUGGAUGAUUGCUUUCUCAAUCCAUCGUUCCUUGUAGAAUCCUUGCAAAUAUUCAUUGUAUUCUUUAUUUCUUGUCGGUUUUGAUGUUUCUAUUUAAUUUUACUGGUGGUGAGAGCUAAACUCACAUUUCACAAUGUUGAAUGUUGAUGUUCAUAAAAGAAUGCCUUACGUUUUAUGAAAGUAUAAUGAUCGGAUUUGACUCUUUUGUCAUA